AUGGCAGUGGGAUAUGCUGGGAUUAUGAGGAAGCGAGGCAACACCGUGGCGAGGACUGGUCCAGAGGCGGAUCUGGCCCUUACGGAGAGCAUCAUGGCAGGGGUACAGUUGGCAGUGGUCGAGUGUCAGACGCAGUUCAGGUGGGAGCGGUGGCCCUGCCCAACAACAGCCUUCACCAACGUACCCGCGGCCAAGCUAGUGACGAGAGAAGAUGCCUUCGUGCAGGCCAUCAGAGCUGCGGGGGUAACCUUCACCAUCACCAGGAACUGCUCUCGGGGACACCUGGCCGACUGCUCCUGCGCCCAGGAUACACCAGAUACCAACCAAGCCUGGAAGCGGCACGGCUGCUUUGACGAUGUUCGAAGUGCCUUACAGAUGACAAAAAAGCUCUUGGAUACCAGAGAAGCAGGCCAAGACGCCCAGGGCCUGGUCAGCCUUCAUAAUAACCAGGCCGGGAGAAUGGGCGUGAACCGCGCUACACGUAAAGUGUGCAAGUGUCAUGGAGUGUCAGGCUCGUGCGCCAUCCAAACCUGCUGGCUCCGUCUGGGAGCAUUCACAAGUGUGGGUAGAGCAUUAAAGAAUCAGUACCGGCGCGCUAUCAAGCUAAAGAACAGUAACACUCUGGCGAUGACCACAAACGACGCGGUGGCCCCGCCCCUGGACGAGGGCACCGCUAUCCCCACCGUGAACCCGCGCCGACUUGUUUACCUGACUCCUUCACCUAACUACUGCCAGGUCAACCAGACCGCUGGUUGGACAGGGACUGGCGGACGAGAGUGCUCGAAGACGCAGGGUGAGGGCGUGCCGCGCGAGCAAAGGAAGUCCUGCCGCAAGUUGUGUCGGGAGUGUGGGCGGCAGGUCAUGGUGACCGUCACUUCCAUCACCGUUUCCUGUAACUGUCAGUUCAGGUGGUGCUGUGAGGUGAUGUGCGACACAUGUGUUAAGAAUUUGGUGAGUUACACCUGCUCCGACACGAAGAGGCGCUCCUGAUGUACUACACCUACGACUACGCCAGCCACUGAUCGGCUCGUUAGCCGGUGUGUGUGUUUAACUGAAUAUGUUCCAGACUGUCAGUCUACAGUAUAAAAUGUUUAGUAAAAUCAAAUUUCACAAUAAGGAAGCACAAAUUUCAGUGGACACAUAUGUUAAUACAAGUUUUUGUUAUCUUAUAAUAUUAGUUUGAUUUUCGAAAAUACAGACGGUGGACACAUUGUCUGGUAUGUAUACUUCUGUACAUGAAUUUAGUUUCCUACUUAUAGUAUUUAAUAAAUAUAAGACAAAGUCCACAGCCUUUAGCCUUUGUCCUCAAAAUAUAUGCUCGCAUUAUUUUCUCAACAUGACUUGGGUCAUGCAGUCUUCUUAGUGUUAGCCAAGCUUCUAGAGACCAACAAAUUACACCAUGAAGAAAUUGUGAUUGAAAUUAA